CAACAUCCACAAUGACGUCCUCCCGUCAGACUAGCGUCAGACUAGCGGAUGGACCAGAUGGUAACAUCUGGAUGCUCCAGUGUUCCCAUCCCGACAUCAUGUCUUACCGCCACCGUAGUUGUGUCAGAGGACUUCCGGUCAUGGCCGCCAUGGGAAGUGUUUACCAUCGGAGGAUUGUCUAGUAGCUCUGUUUCUCCAUGAUCUGACAUGGCAGCGGUGUUCCUGGUCACCCUGUAUGAGUACUCCCCUCUGUUCUACAUCAGCGUGGUGUCUCUGUGUUUCCUUGUUACCGCCGCCAUGGUGCUGGGCUGGUUUGGCUUCGAUGUCCCAGUGAUCCUUCGCAGCUCUGAUGAGACAGAGUCUCUCCUACCAACCCCUGAGAAGCACAUGGUUCAGAUGACCAACCCUUUCACCCUGGAGAUGAGAUCUGGGCCGGCAUAUGUCACUGACGGUGUGUCAGUGAGGCCUUGCUGUCUGGAGCCCUGUGUCCUGAGCUGUUUCUGGGGCUGUGAGGUCCGUGGCCUGCAGGGAGCGCUGCAGGCCCAUCAGCACGGCCCGAGGCUCAGCACACCCCGAUGUUUCCAGGAGGCCCUACACUUCCGCUACCACCACUGCCAAAGCUUCCAUAUUCCCAGUGAAGACAGAGUGGAAUGCCACACACAGAUUCCUGCUGACCGGGGGAUCACACAUUUUGGGCCAUUGCCAAGGGAACACUACCCUCUAGUGGCUGUGCUGACGCUGGCAGAGCCAGAAGCCAGAGACACGUACGACAUCGUGGCCAGUGUGACAGUGAUUCAUGUUCCUGAUGAGAAAUACCACCUUCCUGCACGGCUUCUCUUCCAGUACCUCCUCACCUCACAGGGGAACAUGUACGAGUUAAAGCCUCUCUUCAUGUCAGCUGACAGCGGGGGGGCGUCUGAGCCUCCUGACUCCGAGCAGAGUAGCCGACCCGGUGGAGCCGAGGAGGAGGAGGAGGAGCAGGAAGAGGAGGCGGGCCCGGUGGAGCCGGAGGAGGACUGGUCCGAGGGGGGGGGCAGAGACUGUGUGGUGUGUCAGAACGCAGCAGUGAACCAGGUGUUGUUGCCCUGCAGACACGCCUGUGUGUGUGACGGCUGCGUGUCACACUUCCAACACUGUCCCAUCUGCAGGGCCUUCGUCCAGGAGUCCUUCACCCUACACAGGGACCAGGACCAGGACCAGGACCAGGACCGGCUGCACAACACUGACUCCAUGCUGAACCAGAUAAUAUGCAUCAUUGUCCAUGAUGCCCCUGGGUCUGAUCAACCAUUAGUCAGAGAGAAAUCAAUGCAUCCAACCUAUAAAAAUACGAAGUUCCAGGGUAGCUGCCAGUCAUUUGAUGCUUAUGUAUAUAAUAAUAAUAUAAUUUAUAUUAUAUAUAUAUAUAAUAUAAUAAUAUAUAUUUAUAUAUAAUAGAAGUUGGGAGAUGUAACAUGAAAAUAAACAGUGAACUACAAACAACUACAAAAUGUCCUAGACAUAAGAGAAGUAACAGUCAUUCCUGUCCUGUGACUCUGUGACAUGAAAUGAACAGAGAAAUAUCACCAAGCAACCAACCACCAACCAAGCAAGCAACCAUCCAACCAACCAACCAACCAGCCAACCAACCAACCACCCAACCACCCAACCACCCAACCAACCAACCAACCAACCACCCACCCAACCAACCAACCAACCAACCA